AUGUCGGAAUAUAUGCCGUACGGUGGGUUCAACUGGGUUGAACUCAGUUUAGAUGGUUUGAAUGAUAUGAAGACGAAAUCUGAUAAAGGACGAGUGUAUGAGAUAGAUGUAACGUACCCACGAAAUUUACAUGAUAAGCAUAAUGAUCUCCCCUUCUUACCACAAAAUAGUAUACCGCCUGGAUCUAAAGUAUGGAAACUGAUGACAACGUUUGAAAACAAUUUUAAUUAUUUUUAAUAUAUAUAUAUAUAGGUACACAGAGUUUUGGAGUUUGAUCAGUCAGAUUGGUUAUCAAAAUAUAUUAACCUGAACACAGAGAUGAGGAAGAAGGCGAAAAAUGAGUUUGAAAAAGAUUUUUUUAAAUUAAUGAACAAUGCAGUAUUUGGGAAAACUAUGCAAUCGAAAAGGAAGGAGAUGAAGAUGGAGUUAGUAUCGUGUGAGGGACGAUUACAAAAACUUAUAAAUAAAACGACAUUUAAGCAUGUGACUAGAUAUAGUGAAAACCUGAACGCGGUCGCAUUGGAAAACAAGAUCAUUACUUUUGACAAACCUAUCUAUAUUGGAUUUGCAGUGCUUGAUAUUAGUAAAACUAUGAUGUAUGAUUAUCAUUACAAUGUGAUGCAGAGGCAUUAUGAGGAUAGGAUUAAACUUAUGUAUACUGACACAGAUUCAUUGAUAUACCUUAUAAAAACCGAUGACUUUUAUAAAGACCUACUGAACAACACUAACUUAUUGAAUAGAGUAGACACAUCUGACUUGUCUCCUAGUCACCCGUGCUACACCACAGUGAGGAGGAAGGUUCAUGGGUUCUUCUCUGAUGAAGUUAAUGGAAAUGUAAUUACGGAGUUCUGUGGGUUAAGAGCUAAAUCUUAUGUUUUUAAAAUGUAUGUUGGAGAAGAGGACGAGAAGAAAGAUAAAGAAGAUAGAGUGGGAGGAGAAAAAAUAAAGGCGAAGGGAAUACGGUCUCAUGUGGUUAAAAACCAUAUAACGUUUGAAGAUCAUAAGAAGUGUUUGUUUGAAGAAGCUGGAGUAAAGGCAUAUCAAGAGAAUGUAUCAAUCAGAUCAUUCAAACAUCAGAUUAUGACUGUAACAACUAAUAAGUUGACAUAUAACAAUUAUGACGAUAAGCGAGUGGUAUUGAUUGAUAAGAUCCAUACAUUAGCUCAUGGACAUUACAACAUAGAGGAAGAUGAACUUGGAGAAGCUGAGAAGUGGUCAGAACUUGAUUUUGAGGUCGAUGGUGAAGGACGUGUAUGA